GUUAGCUGAGCUCACAAGAUCCCACAAAUCACUUUGUCACCAGCAAGCUGUGACAAGCAGCCGCGGGGAGGCAGAAAGCAGUUAAAAAAGGCACAGGCAGGGAGAUGCAACAGGCAACAAACGUGACAGCCAAUGGAUGGAUAGACGCAGGACAUGGACGUCCAUCUCUACUGCUGAGUCUGCAGGACAGAGAAGUGAUUGAAAAAGAAGAACCCUCUUUUCCAAGCAAAAAAGACAGACAGGCCUGAUUGGACAUGACUUUGUGUUAAAUCGUCCACAGUGGUUUGGUAAGAUGUGUUUAGGAGCACAGGAAGUGUUUUUUGGUUUGUUUGUUUUUUGCUGGGCUGAGUCUGUAAAAACAUGUGAGGAGAAACUGCCUGGUGAGCUGAACAACGCUGAGCCGACACAUGGAGGGGGGUUUGUCUGCUGGUAGACCAUCCACGUAGAGUACACACAAUCAGCAGAGGUUUAGCUAGCUUUAGCUCGCUUUUUUUGUAUGUGCGAGCGUUCUGACAGCUCACACGCUCAUAGCUCCGACGUCUGUCUGCCCGCCCUCCACCUGCUCCUGUGCAGAGAGAGAGACACCCAAAUGUUAGGAGCUAUUCACAGGCGGCACCAGCAGCCCUGAACCUUCUCCACUCUCCACACUGCUUUAAUUGUUCUUCUGAGAGUAAACACCUUGCGUCAGUCGCACCUUUCCACGGGUGAUUCACUUCGUCCGAGGUGGGACGCAGCCAGCAGGGAAGAAGUGAGGCCGGACUCAGCCAAGGCACAUCUCCAGUGGCACCAUGAAGGUGGCGCUCCUGACUGUCGUGGUGGUCUACAUGGUGGCCAGAGGGAGCAGUAUGUCCACAUGUAAAACGUUGGACUUGGAGAUGGUGAAGAAGAAGCGCAUCGAGGCCAUCAGGAGUCAGAUCCUCAGCAAGCUGCGUCUGCCCAAAGAGCCUGAGGAGGAUCAGGCCGGAGAUGAGGAGGAGAUCCCCUCCACCUUGCUGUCGCUUUACAACAGCACCAAGGAGAUGCUGAAGGAGCAGCAAGCUCAGGCCCAGACAGACAUCUCCAUGGAACAAGAGGAGGAGGAGUACUUCGCCAAGGUGCUGCACAAGUUCAACAUGACCAAAAAAAAUGACUUGGACACCACCAAGAAGUCCAAAAGUGUCUCCCUGUCCUUCAACAUCUCUGAGAUUCGGGCAAGUGUGGGCGAUUAUCGCCUGCUGACCUCUGCUGAGCUGCGGAUGCUCAUCAAGCAGCCGGCAAUACCUGAUGAGCAGCGGGUGGAGCUGUACCACGGUGUGGGGGCGGCUGCGCGAUACCUGGCGUCCCGUUUCGUCACCAACCAAUGGAAGGACAAGUGGCUGUCCUUUGAUGUCACAGAGACCGUACAGGACUGGAUGAAAGGCAACAAAGACGAGCAGGGGUUUGAACUUCGGCUCUUCUGCGAGUGCAGCCAGAGGACCACCGAUGCCACAUUUAGCUUUUCCAUCUCGGGGAUCGACAGUGAUCGGAGCGACAUUGGAAUGUUGAAGCAGAUGACACAGCAGCCGCCUUACAUCCUGACCAUGUCCAUCCCACAAAACGCCAGCAGCCACCUCACAUCACGCAAGAGACGUGCCACGGACACCAGGGACACCUGCACGGCCCAGACUGAGACCUGCUGUGUGAGGAGCCUGUACAUCGACUUCAGGAAAGAUUUGGGCUGGAAGUGGAUCCACCGGCCGACUGGCUACCAUGCCAACUACUGCAUGGGCUCCUGCACCUACAUCUGGAAUGCUGAAAACAAAUACUCUCAGAUUCUGGCCUUGUACAAGCACCACAACCCUGGAGCUUCAGCCCAGCCGUGCUGCGUCCCUCAGGCACUGGAACCACUUCCGAUUCUUUACUACGUCGGCAGGCAACACAAAGUGGAGCAGCUGUCCAACAUGAUCGUCAAGUCCUGUAAGUGCAGCUAAAGCUAAAAGCUACAUGGACAAGACAUGGACAAGACAUGGAAGACUCCUGCUUUGGAAACACUGGUGGUGAAAGUUUAAGAGUUGACAUGGAGAACUUACUAUUCCUCCUGGAAGUCACCUCGCCAUGCUGGACUGACACCAUGAACUUCUAUUGAUGUCAGUGAUCAUACUGUGUAUAUAUUUGUUUACAUUACAGUAGUGAUUAAUUUAUUUGUUGGACGGACAGACGUGUACACGUGUCACAUCAGGACCAAAGUGACAUCCAUGGACAGACGAAAUAACAAUGUUGGACAGUGUUGUGCUCCUGGAGGUCAUUUCGCUGAACGGCAUGGAAAACAGCUGUUGUUGGGGUUUUUCCCAGAGGACAUUGCCGCAGGUGUGUUUGCAGACGUGCACCAUAAAGGACGUCAGGUGAGCGCGGGGACUGUCACACAGUGGAAACACCCUCUGACAGGGGCAGGUUUUACUUUUUUCAACCCAUGUAAAGUCUUUUUAUUGUUUAUCAUGAUUGAAUGUCAUCUUAUCCAAAUGAAGCUUUCCACCCUGUUUUUUUUUUCCACCCCCCCACCACCCCCACCCCCCCACCCCACCCCACCCCCCAUUUAGACCACCAUAGUCAGUUUUAUUGCCUCAUGUUUCAGGUUUGUACUUUUAUCUGACACAUGAGACCUUUUUGCACAUUUCACUCUUUGCAGAGUCAUGUGUUUUUAAGGAAAACAGAGUGAGAUUGUUUAACACGUCUUACAUGUUUGAACGUUGUAAAUAAAAUUAAAAAACGUAAAUAAACGCCGAUGCUACAUGAUCACAUCAGUGGU